AUGAGAUGGUUAGAAUGGAUUAAAGCAUGCAAUAGAAUGGAUUUGGUGCCAAUAGGUCCAGAAUUUGCGAAUCGAUAUUAUCGGAUAUGCCAUUUACAUUUUCGAGUAGAAAUGUUUCGAAAUAUAGAAGGAAGAAUUUAUCUUAGUAAAGAAGCUGUGCCAUCAAUAUUUUUGAAACCAUUACAACAAACAGGAGAUGGUAAUUCGUCUACGACUUUGUUUCAACCGAUUUCUUUUGUAACUAUAUUUUUGAAACCAGAGAGCAGAAAUAGAAACUCUACAGAUUUAUCACAAUCUGAAGUAUCUGAAACGCAUCCCAUGAAACCUGACGAAAGAGAUACAGCCAUAAUUUCACCAGUACAAGCACUUUUUCCAAGAUCCUCUUUAAAACAAACAUAUGAGGAUAGAAAUGUAUCAUCGGCUCAAACCUUGUUGCUAGACGUGAAGAAAGAGAAUGAUAACAGGAAUACUUCCGCGGAAAUACAAUUUAUUAAAGAAAUAGAUACGAAUACGGAAGCAGUGUCGACAUUGGCGCGAAUAUUUCCAAAAGAAGAGUACAGUAAUUCAGAUAUUAUAGAUUUAACGUCUAUAGACUCUCCAAUGCCAACAACGUCGAAAACAGUAUCAGUUUGUACACCACCAUCAAAAACAAUAUCAAUUUGUACACCACCAUCAAAAACAGUAUCGAUUUGUACAACAUCGUCAAAAACAAUAUCAGUUCAUACAACGCAACAAAAUGGUGACAAGACACCAAAAAGAAGACAUUGGAAUAUUUCGACACAGACACCAGAAGCUUGGAUUCGAGGGAAGAGACCUAUGGAAAAAUCUGAGAUUUGUGCCGACAGUUUGAUCACAAAGCGAAGGAAAACAUUCGACGCGGAAAACGAAGAUAAUCGUCUGAACAUGGAUCAAUUUAAAACGGCGUGUACAGAUUUACUACCACGUAAUUCCGCCAUGUUAGUCUCAGCGUGCAUCAAUGCUUGCGAGAAGCCUAAGACUAAAAAGAAUUUUAAGGAUAAGCAACUCGCGCUCGAGUUAUUCUUCAUGGCAUCAGGUGCAUACAGAUUUUACCGGCCGUUGUGCUUGCUGCCUACAACGCGUCAAUUGUGGAGACACAUCCGCAAUUGGGAUAUGCCGCCCGGCUUGAAUGACAAUGUGCUUAAUGCGUUGCGUUUGAAGAUCAAAUCGCUGCCGUCAACGGAAAGACAUUGCUCCCUGUCUGUGAAAGAAAUGCGACUUAGGCCACAUCUCUUCUACAAUCUGACGCGCGACAAAAUCGUCGGUUUCCACGAUACCGGUACAGAAAAGCGGCGCACGUUAGCGAGAAAAGUUUUGGUGAUAAUGGCGUGUAGUUUAGUUGGCGACUGGGAACAGCCCAUCGCCUAUUACUUUCAUAGCAACACAUAUCACACCGAUAUCUUGAAGGAUCUGAUAUUCCAAGUAAUAAUUAGAUUGAAGAGCAUCAAUGUGACCGUGCAUGUUCUAAUUACCAAUACAUCACCAACGUUUCUGCGACUAUCACGACUACUAGGGAUCUCUGCGGAACGUCCGUCAUUCCUGGUGAACAACGAAAGAGUAUUUUUUGUUUUUGAUGUUACACGAUUAAUGAGAACGACCAGAAACGUGUUCAGAAUUCAUGACUUCCGCUUCCGCGAGAAAAGAGCCUCGUGGACGGAUAUCGAACUCUUCUUCAGGCGCGACAGCCAGAUGCGACUGCCAUUGGCCCCUAAAUUGUCUUUGAGUCAUUUGGAGCCCAAAGGAUGUCAAAAGAUAGAAACUAAGUACGCUGUUCAAAUAUUCAGUGGUAGCAUAGCUGCAGGUUUAAGCGCGCACAUUGCAUCCGGUGAAUUACCUCUGGAAAUGAUCGGCACGAUGGAGCUUAUACACAAUUUUGAUCAGUUAUUCGACAUUCUUAAUUCCUCUGCAUCGACCAAAUCGAAUACUAAGAAUUUCGAACAAACUUUCACGGGUAACAUGCAUGAAAUGAGCUUUUUGCAGCAGACACUUGACUUCUUGAAGUCGAUUAAGGUAGUGGACAGGAAUGGCACGUGCAUCAAAUCGAUCAAGUGCUUCGAUCAUUGGCAGAUUACGAUCAACGCGGUUAUUCAAUUGUGGAAUGUGUUGCAACAGCAUCAACUCCCUUCCCUUUGCACAAGAAGAUUGAAUCUAGAGAGCAUCGAGCGCGUUUUUCGUUCUAUUAGACGACAAAGUGGAAAUCGCAUUAGGCCCACGCCUAUUUUAUUUACUUACGCAUUCAAGAAUCUCGUCAGCAAGCACUUCCUCGAGCAUUCAAGUGGGGGCGAUUCUGCCGUGAACGGACAGAAGAUACUCAAGCGAAUAGAGACAGCGUCAACCCCGUCGGCGUCCUCUUUAGCUAAUGAGGUUCCGCCCGCUACUCAAGUAGUUUUGAACAUCUCGGCAACGAAUUAUCGCAACAUCGAUUUGCGACUGCCUGAGAGAAGCGCGUUUAAGCGUGUGUGCGAGUUUUUGCUCAACGAGUGUUUGCUGGUACACAUUAAUUGCAACAUAUGCAUUGCCUAUGCUACCAAGGAGAGUAAUUCGUCCAGCAGAGAUACAUCGAGCUCUUUCCAUUUCUACGUUUCCAGCCUUGAAGACACGUUCAUGCGCAAUUUCGAGAAACUUUCUAUCGAGAAGAAUCUCGGAGCACAGAUGCUGCAGCUCGCGCAACAAAUCGACUACAAACCGCCCUGUCCGGACUUCCCAAUUGUUUUCCUGAUCAAACUAUUUCUACGUAUGCGAGUAUAUUUUACGUUGUCGCGGCACAACAAGAUCUGCAAAGGCAUAGAAUCACGCAGCUCCUUAAAUGUGAUACAGUUAUAA